CGUCGGUCCAGUCCGCGCGACGACAAAAUGGCGGGGGUGACGGGUUUGUGGAGGGUUCUGGAGAGGCACAAGUCGAAAAUCGGUGCCUCGGAUGCGGACAAGAUCGUCUACGCGCUGCGCCAGAAAGGACUGAUCGGUGCGGACGAAGAACAGGCCACCAGAAACGAGAGAAGCCAGGAGAAGAAAGUGGAUGUGUUGGUCGACAUCCUGUCAAAAAAGGGGUUCGCCGUCUUUCGCGAGUUCUGCGCCACUCUGGAAGCCGUCUCUCCUUGUCUGCUCACCAGUUUCCUUCUCGACAUCUUCGAUUCUCUGAAUGAAGACAGGGCCACGGCGCAGAGUUUAAGAAGAGAACUCGCUCUCGGAGAUAGAAUACCCAUCGUUCGACCUCGAGAGAAAGACCGAAACAGUCUUUCGUCGAAGCCCGGAGGGUAUUUAUCCACCGGAAACGACCUUCGACCUCCGGCCUCGCUCGCCGAUCUUUCCUUCCGCAGAGAUCCUUUAUCGGCGGAAGAAUGGGACGGUCGGGUCAAGAGGUGGAGACACUCGGUGCCGUCACCGCAUUCCUUUCCCAGGACCGCUUCCGAUCCACAGAAACGCGACACCCGCCACGCGUUAACGACGCCGAUCCUAACGGGAACCCUUGGUGGUCGCCGGCCGGAACGGAAGAAUCGCUCCGUCACGCGUCCGACUUGGCGGCGUGGCGGACAUCGAACCGCGAAAUACUCGAUUCGACUGUCGUUCGGGAUCGAGAUCGCAAAGGCUAACGGGAAUACGGCGUCGAUACCAGAGUAUCGAAUUUCGAAUAUUAUCAAAGCGACGUCACGGAUACGGCGCGAGCGGCCCGCCGCCCUCUCGGGGUCGGAUUACGCGGCGAAGAAGACGGCCGAACAGAGGGCGGAUCUCCGCAAACCAUCGAAGAUGUCGCCGGCCGCGGUGCUCGACGACUGGCGCUCGAGGAGGACCAAAAAGGAUAAACGUUCGGGAAUUCGAGUCAGAGCCAGGAUACUCAAGGAUGGGCAACGCGUGACGUGGGAGUUCCGGACGGUGACGCUGACCAGGGUGCCCGGAUACGGGUUCGGCAUCGCCGUCAGCGGAGGAAGGGAUAACCCGCAUUUCGCCAACGGCGAUCCGGCUAUCGCGGUGUCGGACGUCCUCAAGGCGGGUCCGGCCGAAGGAAAACUCCGGGUCAAUGACCGCGUGAUUAGCGCCAACGGAAUAUCUUUGGAGAACGUCAACUACAACACGGCCGUACAAGUACUGAGAGACUGCGGACCUUCCGUCGAUUUGGUGAUCAAGAGAAGAGUGGUGCUGCCUCCUCCUCCCGACGAACCUCAAUCCAUCAAAAUAACUCUGACCAAGAGCAAGAAGAAAGAAGAUUUCGGUAUCGUUCUGGGCUGUCGCAUCUACGUCAAGGAAAUCACCAACAGGUCGCUGAUGGAGAAAGAAGGAGGCGUCCGAGAAGGAGACGUCAUCGUCAAGAUCAACGCGACCAGCACCGACGCCAUGAGUCUGAAAGAGGCGCGGAAACUGAUAGAGAACAGCAAAGAGAGGCUGCAACUGAUCGUCCGCCGGGAAGCGGGAAGACGCGACGACGCCUCCGAUGAACGCCGACGUCGACAAUGGUCCGACGGAACGCCGUUCGAAGUGCCCCGUCGUCAGAACAAAGAUCACGCCGAAAAUUUCGUGGACGUGGCCGGCAGCGGACUGCAGUGGACCAAUCAGAAUCUCUACGUUCAACCUCCCACCAGAGGAGACUAUCGAUCGCCCAUUUCUCCCGACUGUAACGAAGACAAAAAUAAUCUUUCUCGGAUGCAAGGAGGCAGGAAUAGAGGGCCGCUGAUGGACAUAUCUCUAAGCCAAUUGGAUCAGCCCGCCACGCCACUCCUUACGGGACACGGUCAUUCCAGGGCGCCCAUAAGUCUAGAAGACGAGGAACCUCCUCCUAGACCGCCUCUGCCCAGGAUCGACGAAUACGGCGGGAGAAGAGAAGCGUUCGAUGAGGAGCUUUCCAGAAGAAAUAAAACCAUGUCGGAUCCUAGGUUCGUGUCGUUCCAAAAAGAGGGAAGCGUCGGCAUCAGACUUACCGGAGGAAACGAAGUGGGAAUCUUUGUCACCGCCGUCCAACCCGGAAGUCCGGCUCUGUUGCAGGGUCUUCAGCCGGGAGAUAAAAUUUUAAAGGUGAACGACGUAGAUAUGCGGGGAAUGACCAGGGAAGAAGCGGUUUUGCUGCUUCUGACCAUUCAAGAUCGAGUCAAUUUAAUUGUACAGCAUUUCAAAGAAGAAUAUGACGAAGUUGUAUCCAAUCAGAGAGGAGAUUCGUUUUACGUCAGAACGCAUUUCAGUUACGAAGGCUCUGGUAAGAGCGAACUUAAUUUUAGAGUGGGAGAAAUAUUUCACGUAAUUGACACUCUACACAACGGAGUGGUAGGUUCUUGGCUUGUAUAUCGGCUGGGUCGCAAUAACCAAGAAAUUCAGAAAGGAAUUAUUCCAAACAGAAACAGAGCCGAGGAAUGGGCUCAAGAGCAGCAGAUUCAAGCAAAAAAAGAUACUGCUUCGGAAAGCCGGGGAAGUUUCUUCAAAAGACGCAGCGCCCGACGUUCGAAAUCGUUAAGUAAAGAUCAUUGGGAAGAUAUUGUUUUUGCAGACGGAUUAUCAAAAUUUCCUGCCUAUGAAAGAGUGACAUUAAAACAUCCUGGAUUCACAAGGCCUGUGGUUUUAUUUGGACCACUUGCAGAUGUAGCAAGAGAUAAACUACUUAAAGAUUAUCCGGAUCAGUAUGCAUCUCCACAAUUAGACAGCCAAUUAGAUGAUAUUCCAAAGAGCCAAAAAUCUUCAGGUAUAAUUCGUCUUAGUGCCAUAAAAGAAAUAAUUCAAAAAGGAAAACAUGCUGUUUUGGAUAUUACACCAAAUGCUGUUGAUCGUCUUAAUUAUGCUCAGUUUUAUCCUAUUGUGAUUUUUAUGCAUGCAGAAAAUAAACACACUGUGAAAGAGUUGCGUUCCAGAUUAGCAAAGUCCAGUCAUAAAAGCUCUAAAAAACUAUACGACCAUGCUACGAAGUUAGAAAAAUUAUGGUCACAUAUUUUUACAGCUGUUAUUACAUUAUCUGGUGCUGAUAUGUGGUACAAAAAAUUACGUGAUACUAUAGACAAACAACAGCAGCAAGCAAUUUGGGUUUCAGAAUCUAAGCCUCAAGAGACAAUUUCAGAUGACUUUUUGUUUCCUAUGACUUCAAGACUCAGUUAUGCAUCUUCUCCUGAAAGUGAUUUAGACUUGACAACUGAUACUAGGCCAAUGAGCUUGCAGGCACGAAGCACGUCACCACCAGGAGCUGAACGUCACAUGGUUAAAGCAUCAAGUGAUCCGAGCAUUGCAACACAAGAGGACAUGGGUGGAUUACCUGGUUAUAGCCAAUUACCUCCUUAUUCUAUACUAACAAGAUCUAGACAGCUCCCAUUUCAUCACUUCUAUUUCAAGGAAGCACCUACAUCAGUAAAUCAUUUAGGUCAAGAAACAAUUAAUCAUGAUAUUUUAUCUAGCCAAAGGCAACAAAUAGAUGAAACUGACAGAGAUCUUUAUUAUGGUUCAACUAUGCAAUCCAGUAUUGAUCCUUAUUCUACAUUAUCAAGAGAAAGAGCCCAUAAAAGUAAUGAAGGAUCUGAUCUUCAUCAAUCAAAAAAUAGAUCUAAUCAACCUGAACCACCUCCACGAAUUGACCGAAGUAGUAAGCCAACUCAUUUCCGUGGUAAUCAGGACAGAACAUUUGGAAGUCCUAUUCGUACAGAACAUUCUCAAGAUCCAGUUGGAAUCUCAGCAGAUUACAUAAAUACUACUAAUAAUAAAUCUCAUUCCUUAGAAAGGUCUAAUGGAAGAUUAGGUGGUUUUGAUAGUUCUUCCUUUAGUAGUGAUUCAUAUAAUAAGUAUUCAGUUGCUCCCAAUGCUCUAGAUAAUAAACCAAGAGAUCGUUACAGUUCAACUUCAGGUCCUAAUCCUCGAUCCACACACGAUCCUUAUCGCUUCACUAGAAGUACAGCUCAGCCUUCCAAAACUGUCAAUACAGAUAUAAGAAAUAGAAUGUCCCAAGUUUCUUCCAAAUACAGGUAUCUUCAUCAAUCAAAAAAUAGAUCUAAUCAACCUGAACCACCUCCACGAAUUGACCGAAGUAGUAAGCCAACUCAUUUCCGUGGUAAUCAGGACAGAACAUUUGGAAGUCCUAUUCGUACAGAACAUUCUCAAGAUCCAGUUGGAAUCUCAGCAGAUUACAUAAAUACUACUAAUAAUAAAUCUCAUUCCUUAGAAAGGUCUAAUGGAAGAUUAGGUGGUUUUGAUAGUUCUUCCUUUAGUAGUGAUUCAUAUAAUAAGUAUUCAGUUGCUCCCAAUGCUCUAGAUAAUAAACCAAGAGAUCGUUACAGUUCAACUUCAGGUCCUAAUCCUCGAUCCACACACGAUCCUUAUCGCUUCACUAGAAGUACAGCUCAGCCUUCCAAAACUGUCAAUACAGAUAUAAGAAAUAGAAUGUCCCAAGUUUCUUCCAAAUACAGAAUGUCAGACGGAAGACCAGUUCCUCCUCCUAAGCCAUCACAGUACCAAUUACGGCCAUGGCAGUCGGAAGACGAUGGAAUUGAAACUGGAUUUAAUCACGUGGGACAUGCACCCGCGGGAUUUCGAUCUUCUGAAGCUUUACCUCCUCCUCCUUAUUCUCGAAGCAGUCGCGACUGUUCCGAAUUCCCCACGCAUCCUCCGUAUUAUUCGAAACAACAUCCUCAGAUGGACGCGAGUUCCUCGAGACCGCCUCCUCCUCCUAUGCCUGACGAUCAGCGGGGUCUUCACGACACCUACAAUAGCCGGACCAUGGGUUCACCUAGUCGUCGUGGUUAUCACGACAACGAUAGCGCAGGAUUCGAUUCCGGACGCGGAAGUAGCUUGGACAGGAAUUACGACUUUCGAGCAUAUUCCAAAUCGGUGGGUAACGGUACGGGAAUGUCUCCUCCUCGGCCGACGACUCAUCUGAACGGAGGUGGACCAUAUCACAACAUUCCUUAUCCUCCUAGAAGAGAGCCGCCCAAUCCACCUCCGUACGAUCAUCAUCCGUCUCCUCCUCCUCCUCCUCCUCCGUCAGGACUGUUGGAUCUCUCCAACAGAGAAAAUCGCGGAAGUGCCUUCGAACUGUACAAAAAACCAGAUUCCAGAUCACCAUUAGGAAUGCCUCCUUCCGUUCUCGCCGGUAAUCCAGAACGUCCAAAAUCGCCGUCUCCGGCUUCCUCCGACAUCGAACGCAAUGUGGUGGCAACGGCCAGAGGAAUCUUCGAUCACACCGGAGGAACUUUAUCAUCCGAGGAAACGGGAGUCUGCAUUGUUAUUCCGCCUGGAGCACUCCCCGAAGGAAAGGAACAAGAGAUCUUCUUCAAAGUGUGUCGAGAGGACAAGAUGAUGCCUCCCCUGGAUCGAGAUAAAGGAGAAACUCUACUCAGUCCAUUGGUCAUGUGCGGUCCCCCCGGAUUGCACUUCGACGUUCCGAUCCAACUCAAAAUGCCUCACUGCGCUUCCGUCAAUCCCGAAAAUUGGUCGUUUUCUCUGAAAGCCAGCGACACUCCAGACGGUCGACCGAUAGAAUGGCGCAACGUGACUCUGGAUCACGAAGACGGAAAAACCGAGAGCAGUGUCGACGACAAUUUCGUCACAAUCUCAGUAGAUCACUUCUGAUUCUCUCGACCGGAUACUACGAUGCUGAGACGAAUAGAUGCUUAUCGUUUCGAUCGACACGAGAUUAUUAAUCGUCUCUUUCUACUUUGCGAAAUCGAAUGAAACGACGAUCGUUUGUAAAAACAAAUCACGCCGAUCGAUUUUCCGCGGAAAUAAAGAUUACAACGAACGGAAAUGCUUGUUAUCGACGGAAUUUAUUCGCCCAUAGAAGUAACUCCAAACAAGAUUUUCGAAUCUCGUAACGACUAUGAAAAUCUUUUGGAUCUUUAAAUUAUUCCACUGUUUGAUAGAUCUUUUCUUACAAGCAAAACUGUGUUCGAAUUGCGUCUACAACAACAGAAUCCUAACCGAUAACGACAGUGUAAUCUAUCGUAUUCAUUCAUGGUCAAAGUGUUCGCAAGUGCCAAAUGAUGAAACUUUAUCUAGAUUUCUGGACGUACCAAAUUACAUCCAGAAAUUUGAUACAUCGAUUUCACGUGUUACAAUAGAAAUAAACAAUAAAAAAUGCUUUCUUAUUAUAUAAAGUGACUAGAUUUUCUGAACUUCAACUCGGGACUCUGGUAAUUGAAGGUAGAAAAUAUAGGGUGCGAGGUUUCGUUGCUAAUAUGUCCAAGCCGGGACACCAAAGAACCAAAGACCGGGACUAUCUCGGUUAAUUGGGGACGUCUGAUCACUAUUAUUACAGUAACUUUAUUUUUCCGGCUGUUAUAAAUAACAGAAUGAGGAUGGAAUUAAUGACGAUUUUACAAUUUUAUAUAAAACUCAUCUUUACCCUCAAAAUUAAGCUUUUUGCCAUUUUAUAAUAAUUAAUAAUAUAAAAAGUUUUAAAUAAACUGUCAUAACAGAUGGCUCUACACAUAAUGUUAAGUUUUUUGACGGGAAAGUUAUGCAACUCGUUUUAUAUGAGCAUACAGAAAGUAUAAAUACUUGAUCGUCAUUGAGCCACCCAGAGUAUUGAGAACGCGAACAGUUAUAAAAUUAAUGAUGCUUGUUAUUGCUCGAUGCACUCCGCGGCCUUUUUAAACCCACUGAGUAUAUGAUCAAAGAGCUAUGUGAUGAAACGUGAUUCGAUGAUAACUUGUUGUGUAAAACAAAUAGACGUUACAUCUUUAAAACAGACAACACCAUUUGCAAAAUAUAUUCUUUAAAUAAUAUAAACAAGUGAUUUGAAAACGUAGAAGUCUGUCUCCCAAUUGCUUUCGCACACUUUGAUCAUAAAUUCGAAAAGUUAUAUUUUAAUGAUUCAGCAGCGCGUGGCAAAGCCAUCUGAAACAUAAGAUGGAUCAUGCAGACACUCCAUUCUCUGACUUAGAUAAGCUUUUAGGCCUAAAAGAAAUAAUCAUUUUGAUUUUUGAUGCUACCACAAGGAAUUAGCUCUUGGCAGAAUUUAAAAAAUAGCUGGUGGUGAUGAACUGAGUAUAGGCUACACUUGGCCGAACUAGUAACAGCGAUGUCUUUGAAUUCACUGAAAUUCUGGUUUAAGAUGCGGAAAAUUUCCCUCGAUUGUAUGAGAAGCGCAAAAUUAUAUAGCCAUAAUAGUCUUUCUGCAGGUACAAAGCAACCUCUCCAUCCGUGGAAAGACUAUUAAUUAACAAAGCGAAUAAAGACAAAAAUAAGAUAUUAGGAAAGCUAUUUGAAAAAUCUUUUUUUUCACUGAUAGUGUGAGAACUGGUCUUAACUUCAUUACAAUUUCUGUUUCAUUAUGUUAAUUUGUAAUCUUCGAUUAUUACUGUACAUCUUAUUGGCUCUGUUGUACUGCUACUCCAAUUGCUUACCUUACAAUCUUUAUUUUAUAUAGUCUUAUAACUUGAAAUUUCACUUUUACAGGCUGCCUCCCACGUGAUCGCGAAUGAAAAAUUUCGUAACGCCAUAUUAACGAAUGUAGUUUCGCUCUUGCGCGAUACAGAAAUGUAAGCAUUCCGGCUUAACGAAGACCGUUCACUAUGACAUAAAACGGCACAUACCGUAAUCUAUAACAACAGUAUUGUACAUACGAUAACAAAACUAAGCUAGUUGUAUUUAGACUAAACCUGAAGGUCGUAUUUUAUCUUUACAAAUUAGUAAAGAUAAAAUACAAUUAGCAGGUUAUCUUUAUUAAUAAUGCUUCGACGAUCGACGACUAAAUAUUUCUAUUUAAUGCAGUUAAAAUAUACGGACUUCGGACUCGUGAAGUUUUAGAUCGAGUGUAAAGUCGAUCGAAACUGAAAAACCCUAGAUCCGUCGAAAACUCUUGGUAACUCAUUUCUUACACUCCUUUAUAACUAUGUUUUCACCAACAAUCCUUCAUAAUUCUAUUGUUAUUCUAACUGCAAGAAUAUGAGGCAUUUUUUACUUUUUAACUAUGCGAUUGAUCAUUAAAAUUAAUCAUGUUCAAUUGCAUCUCUCUUUUCAAAAUUAUAGUUGAAAAUUUUUUAAAAUUUGUAUUUACAAAUACCAGGGAAUCAAUCGGCAUAAAUGAAUUUUCGUAUAGAGAAGGUGGUAUUAUGGAACACUGCAGGUAUUAUGGAACCACCCCAUUUCGAACUGAUAAUAAAGGCGAACUGUAGCAGAUUGUGGCUG